CGUACAAAAAAACACAACCUGUACAUAAUGGCCAUUCCUACGAAUUCAGAAACCCGCCUAGUAUCGCUAACUAUACUAUCUUCAACAUUACAAAAGCAAUACUCGACGACGUCAGUGACGUGAUAUAUUUUCGUUCGCCACACCGUAUCUGUAUUAAAAUACAGUAUUUUCACCGCAGUGCUACAUUGUGAAUGAUACAACAUAUCCAAUGGUUUAAUAACUAUGUGAAAAUGUGCAUAAACAGUGUAUAAGUUCGUGUAUUCAAUGGCAUCCGAUGUGAUACUACCAGCGCUAUUAUUGUGGCUGAUGUCGACCCUGGUGUCGGCUGGUCUGGUGAAGAGACAGGCUGAUGAUUUGGAAGACCAAAUACCACCGUGCCGGACCUACAUGAUGGACGGCCUCCUCCACUUAGACUGCUCCAAUAGAGAGCUGAAGGAAUUACCUGAAGAAUUGGAUUAUAAUGCUCAAGUAUUGCUUCUAUCGAACAAUAAUUUCAAGACGUUCCCGCCACAACUAGAGAAUUUUUCUCGUGUGGAAACGCUCGACCUGUCACGGAACUAUCUGACUCAUACCAUUCCCAGCUAUUUACAAAACUGGGUCCAUUUACAAACUCUCAAUCUAUCAAAUAACCUCUACGACACAUGGACAACGACUGGACAAAAGUAUUACAUAAAAAAUUUAGACUUAUCAAAAAAUAAAAUUAACUUAGUAGACGAAAAAGCAUUCACCACAAUGCCCCACUUAUAUUUCCUCGACUUAUCAGAGAACAGAAUUGAUGAUUUACCCGCCGGAGUGUUUUCCGAAACGCACCACUUGGACAGUCUCAUUUUAUCCAGAAAUUACUUUUCCGACGUGCCCAGCUUCCAAUCUCCUUCUUUGAGAAAUUUACACAUGAGCAGCUGUCAGAUCGCAACUAUGAAUGUCGACUCUCUCGUCGGAAUGGGUUCGCUCUUGGCUAUCGAUUUAUCAAUGAACCAGCUUGAAGAGAUUCCAGACAACCUCGCUUCGGACACUCUGCAGGAGCUAAAUUUAAGUUACAAUUCAAUAAAUUUCUUGACAGACAACAGCUUCUCGUCGUUACCGCAUCUGGCGGUAUUGGACCUGAGAGGAAAUGAGUUCAGGGAUGUAUGGUCGACUUCACACUUCUCUUCAAACCCGUUUUUGAGGGAGGUCUACGUGAAGGGAAAUCGGUGGAGCUGUGAAGGUUUUAGUGUCAAUCUCUUGUUGACUUAUGAGUUUUUGACAAAGGAACCAUCGAAGAUAGUAGACAGAGAGUCAUUAAUUUGCUACUCACCGUCCAAUGUGACACAGUUGAGCUGGCAGCAGGCUUACAUUCGGACGUGGCACCCGGUGGAAUCGAGUAGUCCGCCGUUCACGACUAUAGCGUUAAUGGUGGGUGUGAUCAUCGGGAUUGUGGUGACAUCAUGUGUGUGUCGAGGUCUAGUGGCCAUCACAAGAUCAUCAGCAGAGCCCGCAAGGCCACCGCCCGAGACUACAGUUCUGAAUCUCAACGGUACAGCUACCCAGCCUCGGGCCGAGUCAGUUAUAUUACGAGUACCCUUGCGUGAGGAUCUCCCACCGAGCUAUGACGAAGCGCUCCUAAUGCCACGUUUGAACUCAUCCUUUCAUUCUUUGCCAGAUUUUGUUGACGAAGAGGAACCGAGAAACUAUCGCAGAUCGAGAUCAAUUGGUGAUUUGACAGAAACUAGGCCUAGAAUAGCAGACAGACGGUCUUUACGGCGUCCUGUCGAUAUACGUAUCACAAUUGAUGAUCGAGACGUGAUGGUUCGAUUACCCAAAACACUAUGUGUUCUCUUGCUGAUCGGUAUAGCGGAGGGAGGAGCAAGUUCUGACACAGACCUUGGUGAUCUGUGCUACUCUUGCACGUGCAGCGCAGACAAGACCAUCAUCGACUGUUCCCACAGAGGAUUGACUGAGUUACCUGAUGGAUUCGGUACACAGGUGACGAGGCUGAACAUUUCACACAAUGAAAUUGCAACGUUCCCUGAAAGCAUUAAAAAGUUCAGUAAUCUGCUCAGUUUAGAUUUAAGUGGAAAUCGCCUCAAUGAAUUACCAAGAGAUGCGCUACAAAACUUGACAGUCCUUGAAGAGUUGAAUUUGUCCAGAAAUUUCUUUGAAGCAUGGAUAAGCCUAAACCCCAACGAAGUGUUCCGUCCAGCAACAAAUCUAAAGACACUAGACUUGUCACACAACAAAUUCUCAACAAUGGGAAACUUAGCAAAUCAAGAGCUGAUCAUAAGUUCUUCCUUAGAAACAUUAAUCUUGGAGAACUGUGAAAUAGAUUCCAUACAUGGAAGGUCCCCUUUGAGUGGUCUUAUCAACAUCAAAACACUUAGAUUACACUCCAAUCCCUUAAUGAGAAUACAAAGUCUUAUAUCCUCCACGUUAAAGAGUCUCGACGUCAGCAACUGUGCUCUUAGUACAAUAAAUCAUAACGAAUUAAUGUAUUUACCAUCAUUGGUUUACUUGAAAAUGUCUCAUAACUACCGCUUGGAACUGUCUGCUACCGCAUACAAUUUGUUCUCAGACUCUUUAAAAUAUUUAGACAUAUCGUACUGCAAUGUGCUUCAACCUAAUCUACAAGGAUUUCCUAAUCUAAGAAGAGCAAUCCUCAAUCACAAUAUGAUCAGAUUUCUUAGAAGUAACGAGUUUGUCAACAAUACUCUGCUGGAGUAUAUAGAUUUAUCUUAUAAUAAUAUCGGAUCACUGAAAAGUGACACAUUCCGUGGAUUACACGUAAUAAAAUAUUUAGAUUUAUCGUGGAAUGAAAUAGCGACAAUACCCGAAGAUACUUUACUAGAAAUGCCUUCACUAACACAAAUAAAAUUAUCUCGGAAUUAUCUUUCGAGUGUCGGGCAUUUGAAAUCUAAUUCGCUAACUGUUUUGGACAUGAGUUCGUGUGAAAUAAGUAGUAUUGGCAAGGAUUCUUUGGAAGGAUUACAAAGUCUUAUAGACUUAGAUCUAUCGAGAAAUCUUUUGACACACAUUCCUGAUAGUAUAUCAUCGAACACACUAAAGUAUUUAAACCUCAACUACAACAGGAUAACUUUCAUUAACAACUAUACGUUUUUCAUGCUGCCUCGACUAGCAGGCCUAAGUGUCAUUGGAAAUAGAUUCACUACAAUCUGGAGAAGAUCAUAUUUUGAAUCAAAUCCAUAUCUUGAACGACUUGAUUUAACUGAUAACAUGUGGAGAUGUGACUGUGCUGAUGCAAACAUGUACGAUUUUUAUGAAUUUGUCACUUUAGAACCUAGUAAGAAGGAAGAAUCCUAUAAUCUGGUUUGCAACAGCCCGAUUGCAUUAAUUGGACAAACAUGGUUAGAAGCCUGUUAUUUUGUCUGGAAUCCCACCGAGAAAGUUCCAAAUCCAGACGGUAUAAUUUGGUUUAUAACUGUAAUGAUUAUAGGAUUGGCCGUGUGCCUUCUUUUAGUGAAUUGUAUAAAAAGGUCAAUGCAACGUCGAUUGGCUACUAUUCAGGCUGAGAGAGAAAGGCAAGUGGAAGAGGCAAGAGAUAGAUUGAGGCAGCUAAGAAUGCGUGCAGAACAGGAAGCUCUGUGUAACACACCAGAUCCUCGUGAUCUGAUUGCACCACCGUCUUACGACGAAGCUCUCUCUAUGCCAAAAUUGAACACAUCAUGUCAUUCACUUAAUGAAACAGGCACAGGCAAGACUAAAAGAAGACGAGGUAGAAGGAAAACCAAGUCAAGCGGAGAUUUACUUGAGGAAACUGAAAGGAAUGGGGACCUUCCAGUUUUGGAUGAUCUCGAACUAUCUGAGAAUCCAAAUGAUCGUCGACGUCAUAGACCGAGACGAGAAAUAAGUAGAUAUGGCAGCCAUGAGGUGGCAGAGUUAGACCAGUCGCCUGGGGCUCGUCGUCGGCGCAUGUCCGAGUACAACACCGAGUAUUAUGAUGCCCAGAAUGGAGACGCUAUGACUGUUGAAGUUCAAGCAGAAUUAGAAAGACCUCUACGUCCUCGGCAAAGGAGGCACUCUAAUGAGGAACUUCGAGAAAGCGACUUAUGAAAGAGAUUAUCGUUUAUUUACUGUAACUAAUACCUAUAUAGGAAUAAUAUUGUUGUUGUAUCAAUUGCAUAGUGUUCAUACUAUUUAAGUUAUAAUAUUAAGAGUUUUAUUACGAGAAAUAAAUGUGUUACAAAUAAUUUGGUUUGAUAU